GUUAUCGCGGCCUCUACCUGCUGGAUAAGUUCGGUACCACAUUCACUACAAGGCGCCAUAUUAGAUAGACAUUAAAUUGUUGCGGGCAAAGUCAAGGAAGGGGAGCUGUAGUUGUACUAGCAAAGGGUACCCUGGCCGCAGUGUUCAACUGGAAAAAUACUAGAGGUAACUGCUUUAUGGUUGACAAAUUAUCGAGUGAAACAUCUCGGGCAACGCUGUCCGAGACGUGUUUUUUCCUCGUUGUUUAGCCAACGCGCCGGCAGACAUGACUUCCUUGACUCAGAGGAGUUCGGGCCUCGUGCAAAGGCGGACAGAAGCCUCGCGCAACGCCACUGAGAAAGACCGUCCGUCCGGCCAAGAGGACCAUGAUCCCCGGCGGGGAGACGAGCAGGACGACGAUGAUUCGGGAGACUCCAAGGAAACACGGCUCACAUUGAUGGAGGAAGUGUUGCUAUUAGGACUGAAAGACCGAGAGGGCUACACCUCAUUCUGGAAUGACUGCAUUUCAUCAGGAUUGCGAGGGUGCAUGCUGAUUGAACUAGCUCUACGAGGACGCCUUCAGCUGGAGGCUUGUGGCAUGAGGAGGAAAGGUCUGCUGGCCAGGAAGGUGAUUUGUAAGUCAGAUGCUCCAACAGGUGAUGUGCUUCUGGAUGAAGCUUUGAAACACAUCAAAGACACUCAACCACCGGAGACCGUGCAGAGCUGGAUUGAACUGCUAAGUGGAGAGACGUGGAAUCCCUUGAAGCUUCAUUAUCAACUAAGGAAUGUCCGUGAACGGCUGGCCAAAAACUUGGUGGAAAAAGGUGUCCUCACUACUGAGAAGCAGAACUUCUUGCUUUUUGAUAUGACGACACAUCCUCUGACCAACAACAACAUCAAGCAGCGCCUCAUCAAGAAGGUCCAGGAGGCUGUACUGGACAAGUGGGUGAAUGACCCACAUCGAAUGGACAAGCGACUGCUUGCACUCAUUUUCUUAGCCCAUUCCUCUGAUGUCCUGGAAAAUGCCUUCGCUCCUCUUCUUGAUGAUCAAUAUGACCUGGCCAUGAAGAGAGUGCGGCAGCUGCUGGAACUGGAGCCUGAGGGAGAGAGUAUGAAGGCCAACACAAAUGAGCUGUUAUGGGCUGUAGUGGCUGCUUUCACUAAAUGAAGCUACCACAGAUAGGACAGCAAACAGUUGGUGCAUUCAAGUGGCAUUGUACUUUUGGGUAGGAAUCAGAGUACUAAGCCCCAACAUGGUGACUUGACUUUUCGUUUACUCCUAUCUGGACUUUUGGAAUGGGCUACCCUCUUUUCUCCCUGAUUUGUGUUCCUUCCAGUACUGCUGUCCUAGUUGAUCCUUCAUGGCCCUGUUUCUCCCAUGUAUCAUUUAUGUGUUCACUUUUGCUAAAAAUAAUAACUCUCUCUGAACUUUGAAUGAAGUUGCUGAUGGGUGGAGCAGAUAUUCAAGAUGCCGAUUCAUAUUCCUUUAUUUUCUGUCAGGGUUUUAGAGGUACAAUAUAUAUGUCACAGGUUCCUUAAGAUAACAUUACACAAUAACCAACUGUGAUGUACAGACAAGUGAUGCUGAUGAAAGGUUAUCCAAUUAGCCAAUGAUCUUGGUGCGUUUUCUACCAAAUGGGAUUAAGUGUAUGGCUAUGAUUUACUUGGUGACACAGCAUUCUUGAAUUUCAUGUCUAGUGUUAGAAGACAGCUAACGGGAUCAAAUCCAAAUAUCUACUACCUAGGACAGUGUACUGCGAUUAACUAAUUUUUUUUUUUUUACCACCUAAUUUGUGUUUUUUUUUUUCUUGGUGUAAACCUCUCAACCCAACCCAUCUAUUCAUCUAUAACAUAUAGCUGCUUGAUAUGUGCAGAGACACAAGAAACCAUCUCAUCCCACACUGUUGAGGGAGAGGGGCAUGGCUACAUGUUGUCAGUUUAUCACAGUAAUGACACAUAAAAAGGCAGCAAUUUGUACCAACAGCCAAUGUAGAGUUUAAUUGACCUGUUUGUCUUUGGACUCUGGGGAAAACCCCACAUGGUUAGAAAAAAUACAGAUUCUAGACAGAAAGCAACAGUGCUAAAAACUGAGCCACAGUGCCACUUAACAUUCCAUUCCUCCUAACCCCGCUGUGGAAAAUUGGUCCAGUGAAGAAGUGCUGACCUGUAUGACCUUUUUAUCAGUUACUUAGACUUAUCCCCCAUUGAAUAUGUGAAGAAUUAUUCAAGCGAACAGUCAAGUCAAAAGCAACUGAAACAUGGUGAAUCUUAUUAAACUGACUUUGUGUAGAAAUCCUGCUGGCAUAAUGCAAACCUGUGUCAUCCAAACAUGUAGAAAUGCUGUGAGAGAAAUGAUAGCCGUCAUGGAGGGAUAAUUAAAUUGUCUAAAUAUCAGUCAACAACUCUAAAAUGUGGAAGUAAAAACAGUUCAUUCUAUUGUACAUGUGCUGUGGCUAGUUUUUUUUUUAUUUAAAAUGAAGUAUACAGUACAUUUUGGUUGUGGAACCUCUAGAUGCACUGUUAUAUGUGCAUAUCUAGCAUAAACCAGGUUAAAUUCCACAGCUGUUGAAAUCCCAAAGCUUAUCGGUCUAGUGCCAUUUUCAUUUCAGUUGUAUCUGCUUGAUAAAACAAAUGGCCCUAAAAUGUGUCAUUUAUAUGGUUUGAGGUGGUAUCAAAUAAAAACCCUUGUCUUCUGUAUGAGCUAAUACUACUGUCAAACUAUGUUUUUCUUUUUUUACUACAUAUUUUAUUGGCAGGAACAAACUCAGGAAAGCAGACCAAGUCAUUGUCAGCUACCUCUGUUAGCAAUGUCAAAUAGAAAUGUAAAGUUUUUUCCCCACUUAUCAGUAGAUUUGAAUAAUAUAAAGAAUAAGUAUUCCACAGGGCUUAAUGCAGGAUAAAUGUAUUCAUGAUGAUUUUCUCCUCCUUCCAAGUUUGUAUGAACUACCCAGAUUGGUUAAAUAACAAUAAAACCUCUUCACAUCUUUUACAUUUUUAGUGAAGCAGACUCAUCUGAUGAUGAAUAUUUUUCCACCCCCUCUCCUCUGCAGUGACAGGUCUAGAUGUUCAGUCACUUUAAAACAAACAGGAUCAAAAAUGAACUUAUACCAGUGCUCCUUCAAACAAAACAAACUCAAGUACAAAAAAAGUCUAAAUGGUCACAUAUAUGUAUUAGUAUAUUUUUUUGAGCUUUUUUUGUAUGUUUACAUACAGAAGUAUAGAAGAUAUAUUUUAAGGAAAUUUGGAGAUCUUUCUUCACCAAAGUUUGCUGUUGGCAGUGACUCCACGCAUCUCAGACAUUAUCAUUACUCUGCACAAACCCUUUCUCAACUGCUUUCUUGAAUUGGAUGACUGACCAGCUAGCUAACGAUAUACAACAUGGAAAUCAGAUGGCUUCAGCCUUUCAAAGGUGCAAUAUUUCCUUUUUAAUGGAGCUAGUCUAGCAACUUUUCCCUGCUUCCAGACUUUUAUGCUAAACUAGGCUAAACUUGUCAUACCUAUCAUAGCAUUAGAUGGACAGAGCUUGUGUUCGCUUGAUGGCAGACAAGUGCAUUUCCCAAGCUGUCAGCUUUAAUAUGCAGACAGCCUUACUGUGCAGUUACUUGUAAGUGCUUUCAAAAUAUAUCCAUUGUAUUUAGGAAACUUGAAAAGUCUGAUGGAUUAUUUAGUUCACUCACUAAAAUCUGAUCAAAAGAAUCAGAAGAUGGACUUACAUUCCAGAUGUUAAUGUAUGUACUGAUGUUUUUGUAUCAGGAACAGAUUCAAAUGACCUUUGUCAAAAUUGCUUUUGAAAAUCUGUCAUGGUUCAACUGCACUUUCAAAAUGUACAAAACAUUCAACAAAGCCUUUUCACCAUGAACUGUACCUUGUUCUUAAUUUCAUCUUGCCUCAGUUUCAUGAAUUUUGUUUUCACAUUUGUUGAACUGUUCUGUUCUAGCACACUUAGUACUCAGCCUCAUGGAUCUUGUGAAACAUGUUGCUUUAUUCUGAUACUGUAUGUAGCAUAGGGCUGAAAGUGAUUGGCCAGUGAUUAUGGAUGAAGAGAAGAGGGAGAUAGAGUUUUUUUGCAUUAGAAAACCACCUCAAGUUGCAGAGUAAAUAUGAGAGAUUAUCAAUGUUAUCUAAAUAAAGGGACCUCUAGUCUGUGUACUUUCUUUGACCCUAGAAAAUAAACAAGAGCUUGGAAGUGCCUAAUCACA